ACUACAGGAAACAUGGAAUCCGUAUCCUAGCAACAGUGUCAAACUGUGUACUCCACCAAACAGCCCCUGUAACAUUUAAAACAAAGUAUCUAGUUAGUUUGUUAAUUAGCCAGCACGUACUAGUGUGUUAUAUUUCAAGAUGGGAAAGAAGGCGAAAAAGGAGGCAGAGACACCUUCUAAAGAUGAGUUUGACCCUCUAUCCAUCGAAAGUAAGAGGGCAGACACAGUUGUGCUCAUGCUGAACUCUCCUGAGGAAGUGGUCUUGGCAAAAGCUUGUGGAGCCAUUUGCAAAUUUGCAGAAAAGGGUGAGGAGAACAGGAUCACCCUCAUGGGCCUGGGAGCAGUGGAGCCUCUCUCACGCCUCAUAUCUCAUGAAGACCAGUCAGUGCGGAGGAAUGCCUUCAUGGCCCUUGGGAACAUGGCCUCCAAUGGUGAUGUCAAAAAACUGCUGAAAAAAUUGGAUGUCAUACCUUCAAUCAUUGCAAGGCUAUCUCCUGAAGAGGAUGUGGUAAUCCACGAGUUUGCCACUCAGUGCCUGGCAUCAUUGGCCCUUGACUUCACAUGCAAGGUUCAGAUCUUCGACAGUGAUGCAUUAGGGCCCCUUAUCCACCUCCUCUCCAGCAAUGAUCCAGAUGUGGUGAAGAAUUCUGUUGAGUGCAUUUACAACCUUGUUCAGGACGUCCCGAGUCGCGUGGCAUUGUGCGAGUUGAAUGGGAUCUCUCUGCUGCUGGGCCAGCUGCGUUCUGAGUUCCCUGUCAUCCAGGAGCUCGUUCUGCGCACUCUGGAGCGCAUCACCGCAGACAAGGAGGCACGCGUCGCCUUCAGGGAGGAACAGGGCCUCGAGAAACUGCUGGAAUUCCUCACAACCAAAGAAUACAGUGACUUGCAUGUGGAGGCCUUACAGUUGGUCUCAAAUUGCCUGGAGGAUGCGGAGGCCAUGCAGCACUUCCAGGAGACAGGGGGUCUGCAGACACUACUGAAGUUCGUGAUGACACCAGGCCUGCCUGAAGUGCAGAGCAAUGCGGUUAAGGCCAUCGCCAAGGUGGCGCAGAGCUAUGAGAACAGGAAAAUCCUUCACGAACAAGACGUGGAGAAGUCGUUGAUGACCUUGCUUGCUGUGGAAAACAACCGCAUGCGUUCAGCAACCUGCCAGGCGGUGGCAGCGAUGAGCAAGAACUUGACCAGCAAGGACACUUUCAGACUUCUGGAUGGCAUAAAGCCAAUUGUUCAGCUCUUGAGAAGCGAGAGUGCAGAGGUGCGGGAGUCUGCAGCACAGGCGCUGUCUAGCCUCACCAGUGGCAAUCAGCUUAAUGCUUAUGCUGUCUCUGAGGCAGAGGGAGAGGAAGCGCUGGUGCAGCAGAUCCAGGAGGGCAGUGCCAGGGAAGUGGCCUUUGCCGCGUCUGUCCUCACCAACAUGGCUGCCCAGGAGGCCCUCCGGCGCAACAUCCUUUCCCAUGGAGCCAUGCAGACCCUGGUGGGGCCUCUGCAGUCCAAGGAUACACAUCUGCUUGUCUGUGUCAUUCAGGCAGUGGCUGCGCUGGCCUGUGACGCAGAAAGCAGAACCGAGUUUAUGACUGCUGGGGGUCUCCCACACUUGCUCAAACUGCUCCAUUCAUACAACACAGAGGUAUGCCGCAAUGCAUGCUGGGCGGUCAGUGUGUGUGCCAACGAUGAGUCCACUGCCUCUGAACUCUGCAAGUUUGGAGCACUGGAGGUCCUGCAGGACAUCAACUCCUCCACCAACCGCAGGAACCGAUUUAGUGGCAUCGCCCUGCAGAAGCUUCUGGACAACAACCUCUCGGCAAAGUACAGCCUCACAGGCCUCCUCUCCUCCACUGACGUCAUCACUGAUGGCUUCUAUGACCCUGGGAAGGCCCAAUCAGGUCAGAGAGUUCUGGACUUAGUGAACCUAUCUAAGCAGGUCAUCAACCAGCGUCGACCAGUCGUAUUAGUUAAUGGAAAACCACAGGACCUGCGGCUGGAUAGUCCCAGUGAGUCACGGGCCACUUCAGCCCAGAGCAACAAGUCUGGCAGCAGAGCGUCCAGUAAAGCUAAACAUAGGGACGAGGAUGAGAGUAAACCUCAGCAGGACAAAGAAGUGGAGAGGCAGGGGUUGUUGCCAUGGGAUUCCGCUCUCUGUUCCCUGAUUGCUGAGGCAACCAAGUCCAUACUGCCACUUCAGGAGGAGAGGGAGCAGCACAAAGCUCUGGCUAUCCUGGUGAGCGGUGCCAUGGGAGGCCCGGUGAGCGCUGAGCGGCAGCACGAGCUUCUGUGGGAGCUGCACCUGAGUGAGCUGAAGCACGAGGAGCAGUCCAACGUUAUCCUCAUCGGCAAGAUCGAGAAGGGCACCUACUGCCACAGAGCCCUGCUUUUCAAGGCCCUGUCAGACAAAAUUGGUCUCUGCAGCAGUUUGGUGCGGGGAGAUUAUAACCGGGCGUGGAAUGAGGUUCUGAUCACGGAUGGCACUCCGAAGUCUCCAGGAUGCUAUCCCCAGCCAUGCAAAUAUGUGGUGGAUCUGAUGCACAGCCCUGGGGAGCUAAUGAGGAGCAACUCACCAGCUGCUGUAAAAUAUCAAUGCAUUUGAAAGACUGCUGUUUUGCACACAACAUCCAGAAGUAUACCAGAUUGCUAAGAAGGUGUGGUGACACAUUGUAAAUGUAAAGGAACAAUGAAAUUAUUGUUUUUUUAAUCAAAGCAAUAACUGUGGUGUGGUUGAUUAAAGUUCAUG